UCCAAAUAAAUUUACCUUUUCACUUCCAGUCCAACGUGCCCUCUCGUAUGCAACAAGUAGAAAUGGAAGAGUCUGUGCGAAUCCGCCGAUUCAAUGAAAUUCCAUCAGCCGAAGAGUUCGCUUCUCAGAUUGAACCCAGAAAUGUUCCAGCUGUAUUUAGCGGAUGCAUUAAGAAUUGGAAGGCCUUUUCUAAAUGGAACCCCUCCAAUGGCGGUCUCGAUUAUCUGCAGGAACUGGUAGGCUCGUUAGUUGUUGAGGCUAUGCUGUCCAGAUCUGCUCCUGUUUUUUAUGGAGAUAUUAGAAGUCAUGAAAGGGUUCCUAUACCUUUUUCCACCUUUGCUGGAUACUGCAAGGAUCUUUUACAAAAUGGAGAUGCUGUUCAAGAUUCUUUUUCUGAUUCAAGGAGGCAUAUGUCAGCAGGGCUUGUUUCCGAGCAAAGUAAUCCCAUUACUGGAGAAGCAGCUCCACAGCAAAUUUAUCUAGCACAGACAUCUAAUCUCGUGUAUGUGUGUUUAUGCUGCUGGUUAUUACUAAAGUCAUUUGUCUUAUCAGUUGUCCUGUGGCCACCUUCUGCAAGUCCCUUCUUAUACCCAAUGGCUUUAUAUGGGGAAGCCUCGAAUCACAGUUCCGUUGCUUUAGAAAACCCAGAUCUCCAUGUACAUCCUAGGGCAGAGCAGUUAGAUAAGUACUCUCAGAAGGUUAUUCUCCAUGCAGGCGAUGCUCUUUUCAUUCCAGAGGGCUGGUUUCACCAAGUGGACAGUGGAAGUUUAACUAUUGCUGUCAAUUUCUGGUGGCGGUCAGAUGUGAUGUCUGGCAUGUUAGAGCACAUGGAUGCAUAUUAUCUGCGCAGAAUUUUGAAAAGAUUGACUGACAAAGAAAUGGAUCGAAUGCUGUGCAAGCCAUUGACUACUGUGGCUAAAUUAGCGACUAAUAAAGGCAAACAGUGCAAUAAUGAGAAAUCAGGCGAACUGUCUAAUAAUGGGACUUCAAAUGCAGGCCCCACUUCGAAUCUUUGUUUGUUUUGGAAUAUUCUUCUUUCAAGUGUGAUGUGUUUAGGCUUUGAUUUGUUUCAAAGGGGAAAUUUUUAUGCCCGAGGUCAUGCUUGUAAUUUGUUUUGGAACACACUGCUUUAUCCAUCAGUUUACAGCGAAGAGUCAGAUCUGGACCAUCAGAAUGUUAGUUCAAAAGAGAAUAAGCUAAAGCAAAGGUUUAUGUUGAGCGACCUCGAACCUCGUGCACUCCUUGCUCUUCGGGAACUUAUUUCUUUAGUCCAUAGCAAUGUCAACCAGUGCCAACGAGCAGAAUCCUCAUCAAGUCAGUCAGUAAGCGGGGAGAGAGAUGAAAUCAAGGAAACUGUCAAAACAAACUUAUUUAUCUUGGAAGAAGAUCCAAUUGCUCAAAUUAUUUGGACUCUCCAUCCGCUUAUCCUUCUAAGUGUCUUUCUUGCCAUGGCUCACAAUUUCCCUAGAACAUUGGAGGCUUUAGUAUUGCACGCACUCUCACCCGUGGGUAUUGAAGUUCUUACUAGGAAAUUUGAGGAAAUUGAUAAAGUGACUGUAGAAGAAGAUCGAAAUCAAUUCUACCAGAAGUUUUACAGCGUGUUUGAUAACCAGUUUGCUGCGAUGGAUGCUCUUCUGAGUGGAAAAGAAGCAUUUGCUAGUCAGGCAUUCAAGAAUGUACUAGAGCAGUAUUUGGGAAGUGCUUAGUUUAAUGGGCUAGAACCAUCAAUUGGACAAGACAUCAACAUAUUCUUAAAAACAUUGAUUGCCUCGGUAAUCUCGUUACUGCAACUCAAUUCAAAUCGACAAUGGUGGUUCUACUUUCUUGGUUUCGAAAGACACCUGUGGUUCCUUCUGUAAUAGAAUAUGAGUCCCAUAUAAAUUUUGCCAUUGCAUUUCCCGCUUUUCAGUCUCAUGCAUACUUUGUAUGAUUUAAAAUGCAGCUAUGCUGAAUAUGUUCGAGUAUCUCCAUAUAAUAUUCGGUUGUCUAAAAUUUUAUAUUUGAAUUAGCUACUUGUGUGAUUUAAAGUCAUUGAUUUCUUGACUAUUCAGGGAGAAGCACUUUGUACCCGAAGUCACUGUUUCUGUAAUAUCACAGAGAAAUUUUUUAGCCUUUUUGCAGUUUUCGUAUCAAA